CAUUUAUAACCUAAAAGUAGAUAAACAAGAAUAUUUUUGUUAUUGUUAUUUACAUCGAAAUUAAUAAUUUGCAACUAUUUUUAAGCCCUAAAUAUUUUCAAUGAGUGAUAGCAAUAAUAAAUUAUUAAGAAUGUAGUUGUUGUUGCUGUGCAAAUUUUAAAAAACUAUAAAAACAAAUAAACUGAAAAGUUUGGUUAAUUUUGUUGAAGACAUUAACUAUAAUAAUAAUCAUCAUCACCUAUGUAGAUUCAAUAAUUUAAAUCAACAAGAUGAAUGACUCAUUUUUGGAAGAUUUGAAUUUAUUACCUCCAACACAAAAACCAGGAUCUACGGUUCACCCGGCAGAAAAAUACAUUACAUCACGAAAUUCUCAAUCCCCUACUUCUAGAGACCUUAAUUCAGAGAGAGACGAACUUGAGGCUUUGAUUAAACAACAACUAAAAUCAUCAACUCCAGUGCUACAAUCAUCAUCCACGCAAAAAACAUCUAAUAAAAAAUCAAUUGAAAAAACAGCAUCACCCAUCACAAGUCAGCCUACUAUAAAUGUUCCAGUACCAUUAGAUAUUACGCCUAAAAAGAAAUCUGAUAUAAAAGAUAAAAAGAAUGAAAUCAAAAAACAAAGUAGAGAUGGGAAAUAUAUUACAACGAAAUCGAAGCUUACUGAUAAAAAAGCUCAUGUUAAUGAAGAAAAAUUGAAACCUGUUGAAAAUAUUGAUUAUAUAGAAAUACCUAAAUCAAAUUCAUUACCUAAAGGACGAACAAAAAAACUAUCAGAGCCGAAAGAAUGUAGCAAAUUAUCAGAUGGAUCUUUAAAAGAGAAUAACAAGCCAUCAGACUCAUCGGAAGAUACAAGCUCUGAUGUUGUAAAAGAGCCAAAACGAAUUUCUACAGAAGUUCCAAAGCAGAAGAAUGAAGUUAGAGGUGAAAAGGAUUCUACUAUUACGAUAAAUGCUGUGAAAAAUAUCGUCAGUGAGUGUACAAAGGCUGAGAGUGCAAGAGUUAUGAAAAUGAUGCAGGAUCUAUAUAUAAAUUCUCAAAUGAGUUUAGUUAAACAAUUAAUGCUCGUAAGUGAUGAUAUACGUGAUACUUUAUCGACAAAUGAUUCACCGCAAGUUCAAAAAUUAAUUCAAGAGAAUGAACAACUUAAAAAUAGCAUAGUUUUUUUUAAAAAUAAAAUAGAAGAGUUACAAAAAGCUGCUGAUUCAGUGGAAAAAGUUCGUCAAGAGAACAUAGCUUUGAAAAAAAAAAUUCAUGAACUCGAGAAAUAAUGAAAAUUUAGUUAAUGAUUAAUUGGCAUAAUACUAUUAAAAGUGAUAUUAAUGUUAAAAACAAUUCCGACAUAAAACAAUAGUUAAUGAAUAACAAAAACUAA